GAGUCACGUGAUCCGUAGGUGGGUGUGUUCUUGUUCCUUUCCCUGCAUUCAGUGCGACGUUUCAGUAAAAUUUUUUUUUUAAGAUGGCGACUGUACAUCUGCGGAUCGGGGAUCUGGUUUGGGGGAAACUCGGACGGUAUCCACCGUGGCCAGGAAAGAUUGUCAGUCCUCCAAAGGACUUGAAGAAGCCAAGAGGCAAAAAAUGCUUCUUUGUAAAAUUCUUCGGCACUGAAGAUCAUGCCUGGAUAAAGGUUGAACAGCUGAAGCCGUACCACCCCCACAAGGAAGAGAUGAUCAAGAUCAACAAAGGCAAGCGCUUCCAGCAGGCCGUUGAUGCUGUCGAGGAGUACCUGAAGAAGGCCAAGGGAAAAGAGCAAGCACACGGCUCGGACGACAAAAACAAAUCUGAGAAGGGGCGGAAAGCCGCCGCGAAACCGAUGAAGAUUAUAGAAGAAGACGAUGAGGAUGCGUUUAAGGGCGGCUCCUCGGACAAGGAGCAAACUGACUCUGACCCAGAACCGUCCUCUGUGCAGCGGCUGGUGGCUGGAACAGUUGCAGGAUUCAAAUGGGAGAGCAGUCCGGUAAAGGAUGACCCACAUUUCCAUCACUUUCUGCUCAGCCAGUCUGAGAAGCCAGCCUCUUCGAUGGAGCCUAUAAGCAAACGGUUGAAGAUUAUUGAAGAGGACACCGGCUCUACAUCCAUUCAGGCUGCAGACAGCACGGCUCUCAACGGCAGCAUCACGCCCACAGACAAAAGGAUAGGCUUCCUCGGACUCGGAUUGAUGGGCAGUGGAAUUGUCUCGAACCUGCUGAAGAUGGGCCACGUUGUGACUGUGUGGAAUCGCACGGCAGAAAAAUGCGACUUGUUCAUCCAGGAAGGUGCCAGGUUAGGACGAACGCCAGCCGAGGUCGUGUCCAUGUGCGACAUCACUUUCUCCUGCGUAUCAGACCCCAAAGCUGCCAGAGAUCUGGUUUUGGGUCCCAGCGGUGUGUUACAGGGAAUCAGACCCGGAAAGUGUUAUGUGGAGAUGUCCACUGUUGAUCCCGAGACCAUUACAGAGCUCUCGCAGGUGAUCACGUCCAGAGGAGGCCGGUUCCUGGAAGCUCCGGUUUCAGGCAGUCAGCAGCUUUCCAAUGACGGGAUGUUGGUCAUCGUCGCAGCGGGAGAUCGGACUGUUUACGAAGACUGCAGCAGCUGCUUCCAGGCUAUGGGCAAAACCUCCUUCUUUUUAGGAGAAGCAGGCAACGCGGCGAGGAUGAUGCUGAUCCUCAACAUGGUGCAGGGCAGUUUCAUGGCCACCAUCGCAGAGGGGCUGACCCUCGCUCAGGCCACUGGCCAAUCACAGCAGACCUUCCUGGACAUUCUGUGUCAGGGGCAGAUGGCCAGCACGUUCGUGGACCAGAAAUGUCAAAAUAUUUUGCAGGGCAACUUCAAACCAGAUUAUUACCUAAAACACAUUCAGAAAGAUUUAAGAUUAGCUAUUUCGAUGGGAGACUCUGUUAAUCACCCUACACCGAUGGCAGCCGCAGCGAAUGAGGUGUAUAAGAGAGCGAAGGCGCUGGACCAGUCGGACAACGACAUGUCUGCAGUCUACAGAGCUUAUAUUCACUAAUCCCUGAAGAUGUGCUCGGAAUUCUGGACCACAAUCCCCCUCUUUCUCCGUUUUCUUCCUUUCAGUUUGUGUGGUUUCUCCCCCCUUUCCCCCCCGUCACGGCCUCCUCUCGUCCUUUAAGCAUUGCACUGACCGAGUUGUGCUCUCCUCUGCAGGAGGGGUUUUAUUAUGCAGGACGGAGCUUGGAGGUGUGUGUGUGUGUGUGUGUGUGUGUGUGUGUGUGGAUCCGAUUCGGUCCACUGCAGCUGGUUUUAUUUCGGGAUGCACCGAUUUCUCUCAACAGCAAUACAAACAUCAGAGGUCAGAGUAUCAUCCAGUGCUGACUCUUCCUUCACUUAAGAAUCGUAAAAGAUUUUAAAACGGUGUGUACGAGAGGACGUGCUGUUCGCUAGCUAAUGAGAGAACAGUUUGGCAAACAAACAAACAUACAUAUAUAUAAUUUUUCAACGUAUUGAAUUUUCCCCUCAGUGCAAAAAUGGAUCAUCCCAGACAUGCUUGCAUUCAAAAUCUAUUUUUAAUUUUUAAAUCGGCCAUUUUGUCUCACUGAUCAGGAAGUCUGAGUCGUCAGUGAAGAACUAGACGUGGUUGUAGAUUUACAGAAGAAAAAAAAACAGUAGAGAUAAAUAGACUUCCAUGAUUAGCUCAUAGUGGAAAAUUCCCCAGACCUUUUAUUUAAGAUUGAAAACAAUGAUCGUAAAUAGUGCUGCAUUCAACUAAAAGCUGUAAUUUUGUAAUUUUUGACUGUGGACUAAGACUAAUGAAAAGUACGCUCAAAUCCGAUUUCAGCAAGUGACGUCAAAUCAAAAUGGCCGCUCACAACGUCAACAGUAAACACAGCAGCGCUUCUUUACCUUUAAAUGACUUCUACUGAAUAUACACAAGUAUUUAUUUUAGAUCAAUCAACACAGACGUAAUCGCUUGUUAAAUCUACAACACUGACUACACAGUUCACUGUUUUGAGGAGGAAAAUGCUUGCAUCACUCACUGACAUCGCAGUUAGCAUGACUGCACGGAGAUCGGCUAGAUAAUGACGUCAUCGUCGAUCCCUGUGUGUUCAAGUGUUACAGUUUUAACAAGCGAAUGUCGUAUAUGUUUAUUGAUUGGCUCGUGUGUGUAUAUACAGUCUAACUCAUUUAAAGGUGCUGUUUUAACUCUUAAUGCUGUGAGCGGCCAUUUUGAUUUGAUGUCACUUGCUGAACUCGGGGUUGAGGGGACCUUCCUGAGCUCCUGAGUAGGAGUUGAGUUGUUGUUUAAUUCCUAGUCUGAGGUUAGAAGUUACGAGGUACGAGCUUUAGUCGAAGGAAGAAACCGUUACCUGAGGUUGAUAUCGAUUGUGUGUAUUGUGUGGAAUCGGAUCGGUGCAUCCUUCAUUUUAUUUCCCCCACAAUAUAUAUAUAUAUAUAUAUAUAUUUUUUGCGAUAUCCUGCUUUCUUUCCCUCCGUCUAUCUAUCGUCCUCGUCCAGAAUCGCGCAGGCUACAGGAGCAUGAAGACGACGCCACUGCAUUGCCUUAAUAUCCUAACCCUACAUAGAUGUAUUUAUUUAUUUUAAAUCUCUGAGAAUCUCCAGACUAAAGUUUUGGCCAGGCAGUGAGGUUUAGAAAGAAAACGCCUUAGAAAGAAAAUGUGAUGAUUUUUUUUUUUUUUUUUUUUUUUUUUGAGGCUUAUAUUAAUCUCGUCUAAUAGAAUGGUUUCUUUCACAGCUGAUUUUGGAAAAGGUUUUUUUUGUUUUUUUUCCAUGUGUUUUUACAUUUUGCAGAUGUGUAAGCUAAACUGUGGAUAGAUAUGAAGAAAACAUUUAGUUUGAGUUUUAGGUGUUAGGGAAGUGAAGAUUCUUGGAGUCAGAUCUCUGCUUGAGGAGGUUUUUAUUUUUGUUUUGUUUUUUAUGGGCGAGGUCCGGUCACUAAUCGAUUUUUCAUUUGUCUGAGACACUGGUCAUAUGAUUUGAAUCUGGCGACCUGUUUAAGUUUAAUCAUCGUGGAGAUUAAGCACAUCUAUGUUAACAGAAAUGUUUUGUAAUCUUUUAUCCGUAAAUUAUGAUUUCUGUGCUUUUUUUUUUUUGUCUUUGGUUUUUAAAGUCUGAGCAAAUUGACAGCUAAAGUGAGAGAUGAUGGAGGUACAGUAUUGUUUUAAAAAAUGCAAAAAUCAGAUGGCCUUUAUUACUAAAGGGUGUAAUGACAGAGUUUAGCACUCACUUGUCGUAAUAGAACGACCUGCUUUCAGUUUUCACCCUGCUGAACAGAUUUAAUCCGUGUCUUAUCCCUAGUAUCGGCUGUUUUGUUUUCUUUUGUGUUUGUUAAUGGAUUUAGUUCCUGUAAAUGCUCUGUUGAUUUGUGACUUCAACAGUCUUUCUAAUGAUGGUGUAAAAAAAAAAAAAAAAAAGCUGAUUCCACUUUUUUUCUGCAAGGAAGGUGACGGCAAAUUGGAAAAAUAUUUAUAAUUUCUUGUAAAUGUGAAAGUCACGUUUUAUUGUGCAGUCCACUGAAUCCUUCCCUGAAUAAACAAACCAUUGUCCAGUUUAA